CUCACGCACACCGUUCCGCUCUAGCCUCUCUGCUCGUCUCCUUCCUCUGCUCGUCUCCUUCCUAGCUCCCUCCUCCCUCCCCCACCAUUGACGUCCGGUGAGAGGGUGCUGCAGUGAUUAUUGAUUCAGGAUGCGGAUGAGCUGCAACGGCUGCCGCGUGCUGCGCAAGGGGUGCAGCGACAACUGCGCCAUCCGGCCGUGCCUGCAGUGGAUCCGCAACCCCGACUCGCAGGGCAACGCCACCGUCUUCCUCGCCAAGUUCUACGGCCGCGCCGGCCUCAUCAACCUCAUCAACGCCGGCCCCGAGAACGUCCGACCCGCAAUAUUCCGGUCUCUGCUGUACGAGGCCUGCGGCCGCAUGCUCAACCCGGUCUACGGCUCCGUCGGCCUGCUCUGGUCCGGGAACUGGCAGCUCUGCCAGUCCGCCGUCGAGUCGGUCCUCCGCGGCAUGCCCAUCGCGCAGCCGCCGCCCGCCACCACGGCCGUCCCGCCUCUCCGGACGUGCGACAUCCGCCACGUCGCCAGGAGACAAGCAGCUGACCAAGGCACCGUGGCUGCCGCCGCCCUCCACCGGAUGGCCAACAGCUCCCGCGGGCAAUUCAAACGGUCUGGCGCCCACAGGUCGGCAGCAGCAGGUUGCGACUCCGCCAUCGAGCUCGUCUUCUCCCAGCCGUCGGCCGCCAUGCUGGCCGACGUCCGGCAGGCGCGGCCGCUGAACUGGGCGCCGCGCCAGCCCAGCCAGGAGUACUCUGCUGGGAGCCAUGACGCCGUUCCGGAGACCCAUAGCAACGCCGCCUCAGUGGACACCGUCGAAGUCUCUCAUGUCAGUCAGUCCGAACCGGAGCCACCAAGAGAAAGCGAUGAGCGUGCGGAUGGCCUGGAUCUCACGCUAGGCCUAUCGCCGACGACGCACAACACAGAGCCGUCAGACUUUGACGACGAACAGCCUUGUCACAGAGGCGAGCCGGUGAAGCUCGGCUUGGCGAUGGCAGAUUCAAGAGCUAGAUAAUGGAUCGAGCCAUGCAUGUGAUCAAGUCGGGCUUUUGAAUGAAAGAGGAACGAACUCGUCUUAGUUUGUAUAUGUCUUAAUCCGUAGGAGUCUUUUUCACUUCCUCUGGUUUUCAAAACAUCAUGUAACAACAGUUGAGUGCAGAUCCCUUUUUGCCUUUUUUGAUGUAUGAUGAUCCGUUUUUUCUGUUCAUUGAACUUCAGAUGUUGGAGUGACGUAUGUCAAAUCGUAUAGGUAUCAUGUAUAGAGAGCUUCGUGUAUAUUGCUAUUGCAUGCUCGUGUAAUUAUAUAUAUAUGAUCAAUUAUACGUA